AUUCAGACUCAGUCUGAUUCAGUUGAAUCAGAAUCAUUUUGUUAAAAGACUCUGAGCCACAACGCUUUCUCAACGGGCAUUGACCGGUUCAAAGUCUGAUUCACUGAGUCGACUCCCUCCAGCGCGUGACUCGCGGCUAACAUGACUCGCUGCUAUGUACGAUUCACGGGGGAAAGAUGGUCGCGAGCACCCGUGUGCAGAAGCUUCUUAGACGUUAUAAACUCGCAAUCGCGGCCGGUUUAACGAUCCUGCUGAUCCAGGGGCUGGUUGUAUGGAGUCUGCGGAGUCUGGAGGAGGGAGAGGCUGAGCGGAAGCACAGGCGGUCGAAGUUGCCCGACCACAAUGGGCAGGAGCAAAAGAUUGACCCUGUGGCCUUUGACAGGCAAAACGCCCUGUCUGGGGCAAACCACGGCCAGUGGAGGCAGGGUCAGGAUCGGCCCGCCGUGACCACCAUCAUCAGGAGGGGGUCGAGACGGAGAAGCAAGCCCUCGUUGAAGGACAAGAGUCUUGGCAGGCUGGAAGAUGGAGUGGCAGUUGAUAAAGUUGCCCAUUACGAUCCCUCGAGCAGCCGUAACUUCAGCGAGACUCGGGCAGGGGAAAUGGCCAAAAUACAUCUAGUGGCACCAGGAGAGCCAGGCAGCGUCGAGGGUGCUCCUCAAGUCCCGAGCAGUGACUUUGUGCCCAAAUGUGAGAUCUCAGGCAAGGACGCCUUGUCUGCCCUCCACCGUGCAGGUUCACGGCAGUGUAGACAGGAGAUCGCCAACAUUGUCUGCCAGCACCAAGCAGGACAGCUCAUGCCUCAGUCUCUGCCUCAGUUUUGCCCACAGCAUGUGAUCUCCAGUGCUGUCCAGCAUGCAGAUUUUUCUGACACUGACCUCUCCAAGGUGGAGAACCCAGUCAGGGUGGUUUUUGUGCUAGUGGUUCAUGGACGAGCAGUCCGACAGUUGAAACGUCUCCUCAAAGCCAUCUAUCACAAAGACCACUUUUAUUACAUCCAUGUGGACAAGCGUUCAAACUACAUGCAUCGGGAAGUUCUGCAGAUGGCGGAGCGCUACCCCAAUGUGAGAGCCACGCCCUGGCGCAUGGUCACCAUCUGGGGCGGGGCCAGUCUGCUGAAGGCCUACCUGCGCAGCAUGCAUGACCUGCUGUCCAUGUUGGACUGGAAGUGGGACUUCUUCAUCAACCUCAGUGCCACCGACUUCCCCACCAGGACCAACGAUGAGCUUGUGGCUUUUCUCUCCCAGAACCGUGACAAGAACUUCCUGAAGUCUCAUGGCAGAGAGAACGCAAGGUUCAUUAAGAAGCAGGGUUUAGACCGCCUGUUCCACGAAUGUGACAACCACAUGUGGCGUCUGGGCGAGCGCAGCAUCCCUGAGGGGCUGGAGGUGUCAGGAGGCUCGGACUGGUUCUCCCUCACACGGAAGUUUGUGGAGUAUGUGGUAAACUCGCAGGAUGAGCUGGUGACGGGGCUUAAGCAGUUUUACACCUACGCUCUUCUGCCUGCUGAGUCUUUCUUUCACACAGUGCUGGGAAACAGCCACAUGUGUGAUACUUUGGUAGACAAUAACCUGCGUGUGACCAACUGGAACCGGAAGUUGGGCUGCAAGUGCCAGUAUAAGCACAUAGUGGACUGGUGUGGCUGUUCACCAAAUGACUUCAAACCCUCAGACCUCAUCAGAAUACAGCAACUAACACGGCCUACGUUCUUCGCCCGUAAGUUUGAAUCCACUGUGAAUCAGGAGGCUAUUGACAUCCUGGACAAUCAUCUAUAUGGGCAGUACCCACCUGGCACGGUGGCGCUAAAAGCAUACUGGGAGAGCCUGUUUGAGCAGGCUGAUGGGGUCUCAUCCCUCAAUGAUGUGGCCCUCACGGCAUACUCCUCCUUCUUUAGACUGGGCCUCCAUAGGCAGGAGACCACUCAAAGCAGUUCUGAGGCCUGCAGGUUUGAACCCAUUGGCUACCCUGUCUCGGUGCACCUGUAUUUUUAUGAUGACCGAUUCCAGGGUUACCUGGUCAGGCAGGAGGUGCAGAAUGUGGUGACCAGGUCCCGUGAGAUUCUGGAGGUGUGGGCUGUUCCUCAAGCAACACUGCAGCUGGAACACAACCUUCAUGAGUUUGAGCGCCUCAAACACCUUGAGGUCGGAACUGAGUGGGACCCAAAGGAGCGAAUCUUCCGUAACUUUGGUAGUGUGAUGGGACCUCUAGACGAGCCGGUGGCAGUUCAGAAGUGGGCUCGUGGGCCCAACCUGACAGCCACUAUAGUGUGGAUUGAUCCAGCACACAUAGUAGCAGCCUCCUAUGACAUCAGCAUAGACGUUGAGGCAGAGUUCACGCAAUACAAGCCACCUCUUCAGCGCCCCCUCAGGCCUGGAGUGUGGACGGUGCGUGUGCUGCGGUUAUGGGAACGUGUAGCAGAAGCUCGCUUUCUGGUCAUGCCUCUGGCCUUCAAGGGACGUGAGCCCUUGCGCACAGAAGACCAUGGCUGGGUACAUGCAGGUCCUCCAGGUAAUGUGUACUUGGAGCAAAGCUUCCAGCAGCUCGGCCAUGUGUUGAAGCUGCCGCCCAGCGAGCCCGCCCUGCAGGAGGCCCAGAAGAAGACCUCCCUGGUGGGUAAGCCGCUGGAGGCCUGGGUUGACAACUCCAUGGGUGCUUUCUGGGUCACUGGAGAUAUUUGUUCUGAGCAGACCUCCACCUGUCCCUCCAUUGGACUCUGCACCAAGACCACUUGGAGCUCCUUGUCUCCUGACCCCAAAUCAGAACUGGGGCCAGUCAAAAGUAACGGUCGCAUUAGGUAGCCUUACAAACUCGAAAAAGUGGAGCAGAGCGGCGAAGGCCCUGAAGAACAGUCCACAAGAGUGAUGUUUACGAGUCGUGGUCUCUGAGACCAUCCCAUUACUAGUUGAGGCACCUUCUGUUGAGGGCAACUGGUUAAGGGUGAAUCUACGAAAGAAACGUUUAAAUUUGCACAAGAAGACUGCCAGAUGUGGACAUGUAUGAGUCUUGCUUUUAUAAAUCAAUGUUCAGAUGUCACCUAAAUACGUUGUUACAAGGUUCGGAGUCUUAUUAGCACAUAGUUUACGUUGUGGGUUUAUGAUACAAAGACCCAAAUCUCAACAAUUUUACUACUUUUCUUUUUUUUUUUUUUUACAAGAAGAAAAAAAACUGUGCACAUUAUUUUCCUCUUUAAAACAGUGGCCAAAAUUCGUAUUUGAAGCUGUUGGAGGUAAGUUGCUGGAAUCCUCUGGCUGUAUCGCUAUGCUUAUUUUGAAGCAUCAAUAUCCAAACUUCAGAAGCAGAUUGAAGAAGUGCACUUUACUGUAAGGCGGAGCUCCCUUCUGAUUGGCUAAAUCUCAACAGAGGAGGCGGAGCUUGUAGAAUCGUCAUGAAUUUCUGCCAACGGAUCGAUGCAUCUACUCACUUAACGUGUUUUAGAUGCUGCUCGGAGAUGCAGCAUUGCAUGGAAUCAUCAUAUACAGCAACAAAACAAACACUAACGAAAGCCGUCUUUCAGGAAACAAGAAUCUGAGUUUUGUAAUACUGUGACUUUGUCUUCGUGGUGAAUGUCCUUUGAGUUGAAAAACACCUCAUCUGGAGGACUUGCUUCGUCCGUUACUGCAAAGUUUGCUCAGCGGCACACAGAUUGCGAAGUACGAGGAUGUGGAUAUAAUUAUUUGAGACUGCCUGAACUGACCCUGCUGAAGAUCAGUCUGUGAUCUGUCACUCACUGGUCUUGUUACAGUAUUUCACACUUAAUUCUGGUCUUCCACCAGUUUGGUUCUUAACUACGAAUACAUUUUCACUUUAUUUCUUGAACUGCAAUUGGUGUAGAACGACAAAGAGCUUGAGACUUAAGUUACACUAGCUGCUGUUUUGUACCCAGAAAAUGUCAAUCUACUUUCUUCUGUGGAUCAUAAAAGAAGACCUUACAAAUAAUGUUCACAUUGUUGAAUGAGCAAAAAAUGACUCGUGUGCUAUAUUUCAAGUCUUGAGGAAAAUCUCCCUUUCCUCAAUAUCUACAAAAUUGCAUUUGCACUUGUACACAUUCAAAACUACCGCAUUACGUUUAGUUAGGUGACGCGUGAACCAAUGGCAUUUGGUGUCACUGGAUGGAAACCCAGCAAAAUUCACAUAUCUGAAAAUGCAACUAUAACCAUAAACUCUGAGUUUUUUUUUCCACACACCACCCGUUUCCAUUGAAGUUUUCAAAAUUUGAAUUAAAAUGGUUGGAUGGAAACCCAACAGUCAAUGUCAAACCUGGUGCAAAACAUCUUGAUGUGCUAAGUGAUGAGAACCUACACAAAUGCAAGAUUUAAUUUUGGUUUUGACGGAGAAGACUUAUAAACUGGUUAACUCACCAAAAAAUGAAAAUUCUGUCAAUUUUACUCACCUUCAUGUCAUUUCAAACCCAUAAGACCUUCGUUCAUCUUUGAAACACUACUAGAAUAUAGAGGCAUCUUUACACAGCCGAUUUAAGGCUGCUCUAAAGCGAGUCUGUGUCUGCUCAAAAUUCAGUGUAAAGACGCAAUGCCGCAUUAAAGCAGACCUCAAAUACGCCGGGUCUGACCCACCUCAGGCCCUAGUAUCAAAGGCGACUCUGGUACUGUUCUGGUUCAGUGUAAAUGAACGCGAAAUAUAGCCGCCCUAAACUGCGUCAUUGUCAUGACAACCAAAAACAUUCCAGUCAGCUCAGGCGGCGCGAGAUUCAAGAAGCAGGAGACGAAACAUAUAGGGUAAAUAAUAAAAAAAAUGUCUACCAACAAGGGGCAGUGAAGUAAAAGAGUCCUGUACUCACAUCGUGAAGCAAACCACCAAAAUAACAGCAGAGAAUCGUCGUGUGUCAUCAAUUGGCUUUCGCCGUUUGUAAUCUUCCUAUGAAGAGACUGUCAGAUCAACGCGCUGCUGCAUUUCUCUCAGAUGAGGUAAAUGCUUAACACAAUUGGCGUCACUGUGAUUGUGCAUUGUUAUAUUCCAAAAAUCAUCUCCCUGAGGACGAUAUUUCACCCACACACGACGGUCUGGUGACAUCUGCUGUCCUGCCUGACACACGCAAACGCUAGCAUCAUUCGUUGUUUUUGGCUCUUUGGGAAAAAAAAUAAAAGAAAAGGUUCGACCUCUUUUAAUCCUGUGGUGAUCUACCCCGUGUAAUAAAUGAAUAAUAUCUUUGUAGCAUUUGUUCCAUUUGUAACGAUUUUUAUUAAGAAAUAGAAAAUAACUAUCAGUACCACAGAAGUAUGACAAACAUCAAAUCGUGAGAUAGCUAUAGCAUGCAGAGUAAAUUAAUUUAAAAUUUCCUAAUUUUUUUAAAUUUAAUUUUUAUUUUAUUUAAUAGUUUAUUUCAUUAUUUUUAAAUUCAUUUUGUUAAAACUGUAGUUUUAAAAUAGUUAUGUUCAAAGCAUUGUUUCCUGCGAUUUUAAUUCCUGUGUAAAUGCAUUUAUGCCGCUUCAGAGAAGCAUUAAACAGUCUGUGUAAAUGCACAUUUUUGUGAUUUUAUGCUGCUUCAGAGUUGGUUUCUGUGCCGCUUUUUCUGUGUAAAGAUGCCUUAGGAUUUCAUGCUUGAAUGUUAAAAAAAACCCCACAAUUUUUCCGAUAUUUGACAUUGUUGCAGCUCAUGUCUUCCCAGUCUGUCAGUAUUGCUCUGUUUAGUUUCUGUCUCUAUGAAGCCCCUCCUUCUGAAAAGAGCAAUGUGCUCUGAUUUGGUCGGCUGGAUCAGUGUGCUGUGAUUGGUCAACUGCUUCAGGUGUGUUUCUGAAAUGUCCCGCCCCUUACCAUAACCGUGAGUUUCAACAAACUAUUAACAAACUCGACCAGGCCCCGCCCAUUUAUUUUGCAUAUGCUUUGGGUGGGAAUUAUGUAAAUGAGGAAUAUUGUGACGUGUUUGUUCCCAGAAGAAAACUCAAGACUACAAUGGAGGUGUUUUAGGGAGUUCAGAAACAGUGUUUACAAAUAUAGAGAAUAACUCCUGCUUUGUAACUUUGAAGACCGUUUUCAUGCUCCUUUUUCAUGCUUUUUCAAAUUUUGGAUGAAUGGACUUUUUAAUGGAGGUUUCAUUAAAAAUAUCUUCUUCUGUGUUUCAAAGAUGAAUGAAAAUCUUUGGAAUAACAUGAGGCCUGAAUUUUCAUUUUUGGAUGAACUAUCCCUUUAAAUUUCAGUCUCGCACAAAGCUAUGACUUCUGAAGAUUUGAAAUACAGUGCACGAGUCAUAUGAACUGUAUGGGGUCUUUGUCUUUUUUGAAGCCUGACAGCACCAGGAUGUAACACAUCAGCUUCCUUAUUGCGCUCCACAGAAGAAAGUCUUUCGGUUUGGAAAAUGAGGCUGAGUAAAUGAUGGCAGAAUUGGGAGAUCUGUCCCUUUAAAUAACAAAAUUCAGUUGGGAUUGGAAAAGAUCCAUUUCCAUUUAAAUGUGUCAUAGCUGGUUGUCAUUUUUUUUUUUUUUUUUUUAACCACACAUUUGUCCAUUUCUUGUUAUGUGUGCUAUUUUGCUUGCUCGCCUUCCAAUGAAGACACAUCACUAAGAAACUUAAGUUAAAACAAAUGUGUCUUGGGCGACAUGCUGCUUUUAUUUGACAAAUAUCAUGCUUCGUUGACGGCGGAUUUUAAGUGCCCCGUGUUUCAAAGGGGUUGUUUCAGGUUUUGAUUUACUGAUCAAAAAAAAACUCUUUUCUUUGUUGUGUUAGGUUCAAAGUGUCCUUUUUCUCUUCAUGUACAUGCUUCGUGUGAAGCUUUUGUGGUAUCAAAAGAAACAAGUGGAAUGAGGAUGUAAAGAAUGAAUGAAAGCUAUUUUUGUAUUUAAAGUCAUAUUUUAACCUGUCAGUGAGAGUUUGAGAAUGCUGCUUCAGUUUUUGUUUUACCUUCAUCAUCAUCAUCAUCAGUCUCACUGGGUUUCUGUGAGGUGCAAAAACCAGUCCUAAACUGAAAGUUCGGGACACAUUGAACCAGAGCCUUAUUUUAGGGCUGAUGGGCAGCAACAGAUGACACAUGAUGGCACAAUAAAGAUGUGAAAUCAAGUCA